AAAGUAUAAAAGAUAGGACUCCUCAUUGACUCUCUAAGUUCUGAAAGUGAAUAUUUGACAAAAGAUUCAUCAUGGCAGUCAUGAGAGCUCUUGUGCUUCUUUUCUUGGUCUUUUCUGUUGAGAGUGCACCAGCUCAUGAAUGUCAUCAUGGAUGGACACCUUUUGGUAUGCAUUGCUACAAGUUCUUCUCUCAGUCAGUUGACUGGAUCACAGCUGAGAAAAACUGUCAAUCUGUUGAUGCAAAUCUUGUAUCUGUGCGCAGUACAGUGGAAAACGACUUUCUCCUGAGUCUGUUGCCUGCUGAAACAAGUGCUUGGAUUGGUGGCCAUGAUGGUGAAGUGGAUGGACAAUGGCUGUGGGCUGAUGGAUCUCAAUUUGACUUUAACAACUGGUGCCCUAAAGAACCUAACAAUGACCAGGGUAAACCUGAGAACUGCCUGGAGAUAAACCAUUCCACUAAGCGUUGCUGGAAUGAUGAGUCCUGUUCAACAAAAAUGGGCUACAUUUGUGCCUAACCUCUGAGAUCAUGAAAAAUCUGUUUCAAUGAUCGUACUACAUACCUAUAAUUAUUUUCUGAUCUUUAAAAUGUUUAAAAUAUCUCUGAAAUUAUCUUUAAAAAAAAAUCUGAAGAUUUCUCAAAUCAAUAAAAGCAUUUAUAAAGCAAAAUUUGUAUAUUUUGGAGUCAAACUUUAGUCAUGUAAAAAGUAAUGGUUGUUGUUAUACAUCAAAGUAUAUAUAUAAAAAAACUAUUUCUUCAUAUCUGGUUAAUGUUACCUUAUGGCACUAAUAUCUGAUUAUACUUAGACACCUAGUCUUACAGUUUAAACUUGCUA